GCUUAUGCUUAUACAUCAUAUAUAGCGUUGAUCAUUUCACCUUCGCAGCGUGCGUAUCGGAAGUGCGGGUCGCUUGAUGAACCAAGCCUCUUGCUCUCUUCGGUAAAAAUAAUAGUAAACAAAAAAAUUAUUAAAGCAAUGGAGUCAGAAGAACCUAUGGAUGUUGAUGCUGGUGCAGACUAUGACAGAUUUGAUGAUUUGUUAGAAGAAGGAGAGUACGAAGAAGAAGAAUCUAACCGUGUCUCUAGAAAAGCUAUUGCCAGUGUUAUUGCUAGUAAAGAUCCACCACCUAGUAAAUAUGAAAACAAAGGUGGUUCUUUCAUCACUGGUGUAGAUAUAUUUAGCAAAGAAUCGAAAGAGAAAUUAGAAGAGCGAGCUAAAAGAUUUAAUCUUACAAAAACCAAGGAAAGUUUUGCAUUAGAAGAAGCAGAAAAUUUAUAUGAAAGCUUUGGUAUGAAUGAUGACAAUAUAAGAGAUUACAGACUUAAUGUUAUUCACAUGAGAGGGACAGAAAAUAUGAGCACGGAAGAAGUUUUUGAUUAUUUCAAAAAAUAUGCCCCUGCUUCUUUAGAAUGGAUUAAUGAUGUAUCAUGUAAUGUAGUUUGGUUGGAUAAUCCAUCGGCAGUCAGAGCAAUGUUAGGUUUGUCUAAAAAGAUAACUGGGAUUAAAAAAGAUCCAAGAAAAAAAUUAAACUCGGAUAAUGAAACUGAAGAUGAUUCAGAUGAUGAUCUGAUCAUAGUUAACGGUAUAGAUCCAAAAGAGGAAAAUACAAUACACAUAAAAGAUAUCAGAUGUCCGUUACCACCUGGUAUUUGGAGGAAAGGUAAUAACUACCAUGAGUCAAGAAACAUAUUUUUAAGGUUUGCUAUGAGGACUGAUAAAAAAGGUUAUCAUGCUGAAAGAAUGAGUGAAUAUUACAAAAAACAUGGAAAUCCAAAUUAUGGAGGUGUGAAAGGUAUAUUAACAACAUCCAGAAAACGUGCUUAUAGACAAAUAAAAGAAACUUCUCCAACUUCGAAUAGGGAAUCAAGUUUGAAUGGUAUAGCUGCUAAAAACCCUUGGGGUACUCUUUCGAAAAACUGGGGUAGAACUGAUUUUGUUGAAAGAGAAUAUGUACCAAAAGAAAUUCCGCGCUCAAAUUCUAAUGUAAAAGAAAGAUUAGGCUACAGACGUGGUGAAGACGAUGAUGAUGAUGACGACGACGAUGAUAGUGAUGUUGAAGAAGUUAUUGAAUUGUCUGAUGACAGUGAAUCGAGAAGUUCCAGUGAUGAGUGGUCAAAAAGAAGUAAAAUGCCAAGAAUGCGCAUGCAUGCAGAUGAUGAAGAGCAAAACAUUCAAAAGCGAAAGGGAAAAAUUAGAAAAUUGACCGAAAAAAUUGUGACAAGUGAUUUACGAGGUAGGCUCACAGCAAGAAGACGAUUGCCACCUGUAGACACUGAAGCUAUUCAAGUUGUAGUGACGAACCCCAAAGCAAUCAUCAAGAGUGACUUUAGUAAUAUCGAUGUAACAGAAGAUGAAGAAGAAGAGGACGAUGAUGUUCAAAUCGUUGGAUCACAAGACGAUGACGACGAAGAAGAAGAAGGAGAAAUUCUUGAAGAAUCCGAAAGUGAUGGUAAAGUAGAAUAUGAGGAUGACGAUGACGACGAAGAACAAGAGCAACAAGAGGAGGAGGAGGAAGAGGAGGAAGAGGAAGUGGAGGAUAUAAGGUCCAAAGUACAGUUUGAAGAAGAAAGUAGUGAUAGUAGUCUUUCUGAAAAAGAAGUUCGAGGACCAAAAGGAAGUGUUAUCAAAGUUGUCCAACGCAAACCUAAACUUGCAUCUACAGUGACAACUGUAUGGUCGCGGCUAAACGAUUCUAAAAAUAACAGAGAAAACUCACCAGAAAGCAAAUAUCCAAAAAGAGAUCUAAGGCAUACAUUAAAGAAGACCGAUUUACGAUCACGCAUUAGGAAUCACCACACAAGAGGAAGGUCACCUCUUAGAAUAGAAUUAAAAAAUGAUAAAUAUUCUGCUAGGCAAGAUAGUGAUUCUGAUUAAAUAAUAAGGUGUGAUUGUAAAUAAAUGAAUAAAUUUUUUAAAUUUAUAAGAAAUGCAAUGUUAUCAGAUUCACUAUCUGAUUGGUCAAAUUAAUAACGGAUUUAUACUGUCGUUUUUAGUUUAGUACAAUCUUAAAUAAUUUUCCAUUAAAAAUAUCUUCCCAGAUAUAAUAAUUAUAAAUUUCAGUUUUUUUUAAAUAUUUUUAUUACUUCGCGUUGAGCGCCAGAUACAAUAACAAUUAAAAAUUGAUCAAUAUGUUUUAAUCACACGCAUAUAAGUCAAUGACACAUAAAAAUUUUUUUUAGAGAAACUUGCAUAACCAUUUUAUUUAAUUAAGCCUACAAUGAUUUGAAAUUCAAAUUAUGCAAAGUGAAACGACCUUUUAUUUUUUUAAUUUUCUUUCAUUUUUUGAGUUUUUUUCAAUAAUUUUUCGAAGCGUCAGUUUGAUACCAUUUUUAUUUCCAUGAUACUCAGCAAACAAUAAUAUCUGUUGUAAUUAUGGUUUUGGAUACAUACUACUUGAAAUGUAGUAAAAGCAUAGUGUAUGUACAUAUAUACAAAUAUAUUUAUGUAAAAAUAAAUAGGUAUUACGUCUUGUAAAUUUGAAUGAUUAUAGAUUUACGUUCUUAUUUUUUCUCUAUCUGUAUUUUCAACAGUAGAGUAAGUUUAACAAGAAAAUAAAGAACUUUAUUACAACAUUUUCAAUUACUAUGAAUAUUUCAUUUACUUUAACCUUGAGGAAGAGGCUUUCAAUGACCGAAUUUAUGGCCAAAGUUAUCAUUAUAUACAUAUUGGAAUAUGUA